ACGAGCUCCUCAGCAUGUCUGCUCUUCUUGUUCUCUGGUUGGUGCUGUCUCUUUGGGGUGCCGUGUGGGGGAGACCAGGACAAUACUGCGCAGACCAACCUGCAGGAGUGGAAGUAUUUGCUGGAGACUCAGUGACUUUCCCAUGCAGUUUUGUGUUCCCCAGAACUCUCACAGGAAUUACUAAUAGGACAAUUGUCUUUCAAGCUGGUAAUAUCUCUUAUUGUGGGGAUCGUAUAUAUAACAGCAGAUAUGGCAACACAACACAGGAAUACCAGGGAAGGGUGUCACUGGUGGGAGAUCCUCAGGCUCAGAAUGGGACCAUCACUCUGACCAGUGUAAGAACAAGUGAUAGAAAGAACUUCUGCUGCCGGGUCCAACUUCUAAAUCAAAACACGAUCAUUGAGCAGUGGCAGAAUGGAUUAGGCACCCGGCUAACUGUGAGAGUAGGUGAGAAUAAGAUGACUAUGCAUCAGCCUCCAUUCAUCUCUGCUCUGGUUGGUGACACUGUGACAAUUCCCUGUCAUUUCUCCAUCAACUCCAAGAAGGAAAUUCAGAAAAAAUCUGUAUCCAGUGUUCAGUGGAGGUUUGGUCAGUCCCCAAGCUGUGGGACAGUUAUAUAUAACAGUAGCACAGGGGCAGUAAGAAGAGAGGACAGAGAGAGGAUUUCUGUGGCUGGGGAAGGAGGCGCAUCCAUCCUAAUCAAGCGGGUGACGACCAAUGACAGAGGCUGGUACUGCUGUGGGGCACAAGUGACUGGAGAUGGACAAGUUUAUACAACUCAGAGAGAGAGAGGAACAAACCUGACCAUUACAGGAAAAACCGAUCAAAUGAAGAUCAAGCAGCCAAAGGAGGUCACAUUCACAAACUCCUCUACUAUCAGCUGUAACUUUACAUUACCAGAGGAUGAAGAUCCCUUGUGGCUCGGGAUAUACUGGAUGUUUGGGAACCCACGUGAGGGCUUUGCCUAUCACCCACACCCAGAAUUAAUUCACCCCCGAUACCGGGGCAAAACCAGACUGGUGGGUCAGUCAGACCUUUAUCUGGAAGAGGUGAUUGGAAUGGAUAACACCAACUUCUACUGCCGUGUGGCAAUGCGCCUGUGUAAUGAUACUCAGCAAAACACCAUUGAAACAUUACUGGAGGAAGGAGCAGGGACACUUCUAAGGGUGAACGCUGAUCCAAGUGACCAGACCAAAAUUAUAGCAGCCUCUGUUGUAUCAGCAAUUAUCCUUAUUCUCCUGUUAUUCAUCAUCCUUUGCCUCGUGAAACAUAAAGGGAUGAGGAAACAGGUGCAGCAAUCCAAACAAAAGAAGUCAGAAAGUGCAACGCCAGAAUAUGAAGGCACAGAAUCGGUUCGGAAAGAGCAGACGACUGAUAUGAGUUUAUACACAACUAUUGAGGAGACAGCCAGGGCUUCCUGUGAUCCAUCAAACAAUGGAGGACAAUUAUUAUAUUCUACCGUAAACCACUCACUGUCUUCAACAAACCACACAUCUUCUCCCGACUCUGGUAAGGAAGUAUUUUAUGCAGAUGUGAAGAGAAAUUAAGAGUCUGUCCCAUGAAUUGUGUGGGCCAAGUAAGCUCAUGGAAAGUAUAAAUUCUUAUUAAUAUGAAGAAAUCAGGCAAAAAAAAACAUUAUGCCGUUGGUGCCGGAUUCAUCUUCUGCCUUAAGGUUUUGAAGACUUUUGAUAAAAUGAAAUAUUACAUCAGAAGCAUCAUCAUGUCAGUCAGUGGAACAUUACCUUGGACAUCUGGAUCAUGGACGUAGACCAGCUUUCUAUUGCUUACAAUUUAUUUAAAUCAAGCUCUUGCCGCUUAUUUCCUAUAUUCAUCGGGAGUUGAGUUUCCUUAAAAAGCCCUUAGAAUGGAGUCCAACACUGAGAACUUUAAGCUUAUUAAAGUCACAAAUGAACAAGGCAACUUAUCUCAUUGAUUGUGCCAUCUAACGCUGUGAAAUUGUGCAGCACCAACUUCUCCUUCUGAUUUCCUUGUAAGAUCUGAAAGGUUCAUAAGUGGAAAGACCAUUACUUCAACAUAGUUUCACACAAUUUCAGUUUUAAACCUGUCACAGGACCGAACGAAAGCGCCAGUUACAGUAUAUUUAGUAGAACAAUAAGGCCAAGUGUUAAACUGUAUACUUUCUUUGUCUAUUGAGUUGAGUUGUUUUUGGAACAAACUUUGUCAAGGGCAGAGACAUGCGCUGCUAUUUCGGGAGAUUAGUUGCCUAGCGACAAAACGCUUCGUCUUCAUAGUAACGUAGUUACAUAGUUACAUAGUUAAAUCGGGCUGAAAAAAGACAAAGUCCAUCAAGUUCAACUCCUCCAAAUGAAA